AUGUUCACGUUCAAAUUCCAGAGAUACCACUUGGACGACCAUGUCAGCCUCGAUGUCCACCAAUUCACGAUUCUCCUGUCGAGGAGAGUCACAAGCCUCAACGGAUCCUCCAUCUUGAGGCCUCAACGAUCGCUCGCAGACGUCUGCAGGGUAAGCAGGAUCGUGCGGAACAUAGCAUGCUCCAACCUUGAGAACAGCGAGGAUGGCGACCACCGUGUCGAUACCCUCAUCAAAGCAGAUCGGCACGAGCUGCUGACCGUCCUCGGCUGGUCCUGGGCGGCUCGGAACGUCGUCCAACCCGGGCUGACAGAAGCAGCCGUCCGGCCGUCUGUACAGCAACAAACGCAGCCUCUCAGCCGUCGCGUCCGCACGUCGGUCAAGAUCACGGUAGAUGACAAAGUUGCUGCGCUCACAUUGGACCGCUAUCUUCUCCGGCGUUCGCGCAGCCUGCUCGGCAACGAGCUCGUGUGCGGAGGUCACAGCACGAUCAUUGGCUGUCAAAGUCUGCAAUUUGUUCUCGCCCUUUGCAAUUGGGAUUCUAAACAUGUUUCGAAAUCCUGA